AUGUUGCUGCUUUCUCUAGGUGCCCUCAUCUGGGCGUCGGGCCUUCUCGCUGCCGCUGCAGUGGUCAAUAUCUCCACUGCGCGAGCUCCUAGAGUGACCAUCCACCCUCCAAAAUCAAAGCGCAAAAAUGUCACCAUUACGGGGGUAUCUUUCCCCACGUUCAAACAAGACGUCUAUCUAGGUAUACCAUACGCUCAGCCUCCGGUCGGUGACUUACGAUUCCGUCCUCCCCAACCGAAGACUUUUACCACUUCAUCGUUCAACGCCACGGCUCAACCUCCAGGUUGUAUACAGAUCAAUAGCACUUUCAUUGGUUCUUAUGGUAUCAGCGAAGAUUGUCUUUAUCUCAAUGUGUUCACUCCGGAAGGAUGGGGUCCGCAGAGUCCUCCGCUGCCAGUGAUGGUUUGGGUAUAUGGCGGUAGUUUUCAAGUGGGGACAAUCACAACAUACAACGCUACCUCUUUGAUGGCUCGAGGGAUAGAGACUGGAAAACCAUCAAUUUUUGUAGCUACCAAUUAUCGAUUGAAUGUUCUUGGUUUUGGAUAUGGUGCUGAAAUCGCCUUGAAUCACGCGGCCAAUCUAGGAUUGAGAGAUCUCCAUCUUGGCUUUCAAUGGAUACAGGACAACAUACAUGCCUUUGGCGGAGACCCCAACAAAGUCACAGCCUUCGGUCAAUCAGCCGGGGCAGUCGCCAUUUCACUCAUGUAUCUCAAUACGAGCUCUCAUGCUCCACUCUUCCGAUCUGCUAUCAUGGAGUCUGGGGCACAAAGUGUUGUCCCCAUUGGACCUACGAAUACCACCUGGCAAAUAGGUUAUGACCUCCUGGCCAAGUUCUCCGGUUGUGCUGCUCGAGCCGCGACGUCAUUGAGGAAAAAAGACAAGAGAAUCGCUAACUACGUCGGUUCAGCGGCUUAUAAUCAAUCGACUUUUUUGUGUCUUAAAGCCUUACCGGCAGACGAGCUGCUCGAUGCUCUCGUUAAGGUGUCCAAUGUGACUGGUCCUGCUGGGUUGAUUUUCGGGUUCAAGCGUUUAGGUCCAAGUAUCGAUGGUGAUCUCAUCACUGAUUCUCCGCAUACUUUGUUGCAAAAAGGAGAAUUUGUCAAAUUACCUUUCAUCACAGGGAGCUGUCUGGAUGAGGGUACAGACGCUGCGCCAGUCACCCAAGUCAAGAAUGAGAAUCAAGUCAAAUCGUUCAUCAGCUCUUUCGAACCUUCGCCCAUCGAGCCGGCCGUUAUUGACGGCCUUUUGAAACUAUAUCCUGACGUUCCCGCACUUGGCUCACCAUACAAUACGGGUAAUCAAACGUUCGGAUUUGCCUCAGAGUUCAAACAGCUCGCCGCCAUGUUCGGUGAUCUCCUUCUUCAAGCAGGUCGGAGAUGGUUUUUACAACAAGCUCGAGCACAUGGUCAGCGUGAUACUUGGACGUAUCUCUGGACAGAGCCUUCAGUGGGAUUUGAGCCGUAUACGGGGGUCGCACAUGGUUCCGAGCUGUACUACGUGUUUGGAUUGGCGAGGAAUUUUACGGGGUAUGAUGCCGCUCAAGUGGCUUUAGUCCAGCGUGUGCAAGAUUACUGGAUCAACUUCGCUUACUAUUCCGAUCCUAAUGGUCCCCCUGGCUCGACCUCUUCUUUGAAAUAUUGGCCUACAUACGGAGAGAAUUCGACCAUGCUUCAAUUUGGCCGGAAUGACAGUUUGAUCUUUGAUACGUACAGGAAGAAACAAUUUGAUUAUAUCCUUAGUCAUCCUGAGGCAUUCAACUAUUGA